AUGGCCGUGCAGAAGUUUUACACCUCGAUUUCAAACAGGAUAUAUAAACACCAAUUUUACAGUGUGCGUUCAGAGCCAUUUGUUUGUUCUUCUGAUGCACACACGACCUGUCCUGUGUUUGUAUAUGAACCUAUUCUCAAUUACACUGUAGGAUGCCUCAACAGAACAGAAGGAAGAGUUGAUUAAUGCAAUUGAACGUUUUCUCACAAUUUGGAUACAUCCAUGGGCAUUUGCUCCACGCACAACCGAUGAUGAGGAGAUCGACCUUAAACUUCAGGACAAAAUCAGGUCUUUGCAUUGGGUUGGCCAUCUCUCUCUGGAGGCUCCAAUUGAUCCAUCCUCACCCGAGCAGUCCCUGCACCUUGAGUCUGCUAUACUGGGUCAGUUUCGUUUUUUUCAUUUAUUUGCAUACAGAUAUAAGUAUGGGGUUUACUGGUGAAUCAAGGACCCUUGCAUUUGUUACUUGCCUGCCGGAAUCUACUCAGGCAUAAAACCUAGGCUAAGCGCAAUAGUGUUUGACAAAAUCUAGACAGGGGUAGUUAGGAGCGGGGCGGCUAACAGACGUACAGCUGUCAACGACAAAAAACGGCACAACCAGAUCAUCACUAUUAAAACCGUAAGAAUACGCCAGGGGCCGAAAGAUCGAAUACUGAGCAAACUUUGGAAAGCGGCAGAAAAGUGGUGGCUGAAGAUGGACAAGACUGAUAAACAAUGAAAAUGCGCAUAAAACAAGAAAAUUGCCGCGGAAAACGGUCAGCUUCUGUAUAGUUGAAAGUGACGUCAAAACACAGGCAUAUGCAAAGCUGGGAGAUUGUGUACCGCCACUGUCGUGGUAGGAUAGAUAUCUCCUGACUAACGUGUACCACCGUUGUCUGCCCUGACUACAUUAAUCACAUCUCUUAGUUUGUAUUUUCGGGCUGGGUCAGCGUCCUCCAAUGGCCGCAAAGAACCCAUCUAUCACAUCCGUGUAGCCGGUCGGGGUUUAAACAGCUUUUUUCCGGAUGCCCUCGAAGACUGCGCUUUGGAAGAACGACUGGCAGUCCGCAUUGUCUGGCAUCUGCGUCUUAGAUGUUUUUGUAAGACCUGCACGUUACCGUCUCUGUUGUGGCGUAGAUAGUUGGAGACUAUUUACCCCUUCCCUAUUUAGUUACUUCUCGCUGUAAUCCCCGUCUUCAUGUCAUGUCUUUUUAUUCCACGUUUACUCGCAUUAUCUCGAAUCUUCAGUUGGUGCAUGAUUUUUUUGAAAAUGAUUUUUUUGGUCUGAGACUAUUCAGUUGCCAUCCAGGUUUCGAUUUUUGUCUCAGUUUGCAAGAAGUGCUGUAAGUGACGUUUUAACGAGUCCCAUUACUCUACUCAAUAUAAAGAUCUGGCGAAUCUGACACACCGAUUUUCGUAGUUUGGGUGGCCAUUUCCGUCUUUCUUCUUUCAUUUCGUUCGAGUCUUCUUUGAGGAAAUUCAAGAAGAAAUGUUCUACAGUUUAGAGUAAACAUAUGUUCAAUUGCUUUUAGCUCUGAUCAAUAUUAAUGCAGUCCCUUCAACUGAGGCCAAGCUUGAUCAAGUGGUUCUUUGCUGUCGGGAAAUUUUCGAGGCGCUCAAUCUGAAUGCUAUUAGUACAACAACCGCGACAGAGGGAAAUAAAAGAAGUGCCCCGAGUUUGAAGACAGCUUCUGAGGGCUCCGCCGCAAAUACGGAUGAUUUCCUUCCUGCACUCAUUUGGGUCGUUCUUCGCGCCAAUCCGCCUCUUCUUCAUUCAAACCUGCAGUUCGUCAUGCGGUUCGCAAACGGAACCCGCCUUAACACGGGAGAGGCAGCCUACUUCUUUACAAACUUGGUAAGUGUUGUCUGCUCUCAUGAUGCCGUAAACCUAUGCUUGAUUCUUCUAUGCGUAAUCUUGUAUGUCCGAUAUUGAAACUACAGUAGGGAAUUACACCCACUACGUUCUGUUGACAGGUUUUCUGCUACCAGAAAUUAACCUGGCCGUUUUUCAUAAAUCUGAUCUUUAGUGAGGAUUCGACUCGAUCACUGAAACAAGACAUUUUUGGCCUGACGUUUCGGAUUCCCCCCUAAACUUAUCAUAAGGGAUAGUGACCGAUGAAGGCGAUUAAUGCACAGAGGGUGCGGCUUGCGUGUGGAGUUGUCAGACCGCAACUUGACUACAAGACUUCUCCAAAUAAUUAAUUGUGAAUCACGCGAAUCGUCUUCCGAUUUUGUUCCACUAAUUACGACAGCUAUUUGGUGUCGCUGUGUUAAGUGUACGUGCCUUUCCCGGAUUAGUCCACAGCGGCACAUUCUCCGUCGUCUCCCGCACAAAUGCAUUACGUUUACCGUGAGUCCGACACUUCUGCGCAACUGAGGACGGUGACAAGGAAGUCAAUUCGAAACCUGGUGCAACAAAGGCCGCCAAGACAGCUCUUUGACCUUCAGUAUUCGAUCUUCGUUGCCAGGGAAGAGAGCGGAUCGAGGUCUCUGGGUCCGCUGUCGCAGAUCAUCACACCCACUGGUUGUAUUGCCAUCGGGACCGGCUUGGUUAGGCAUGGGCACAGUCAUAGCAUGCAUAAAAUCGGCCAUUUGGUUUAUAUGCGCAGCCUCGACGAUGUCAUCUACCAAAGUCGUGCUGUUUGCGUGCGGGCAUGUUCCGUAUAACGUCAUAAGCCUAGUGUUCAGGCGAUAACACGGGAAAGAAAGGUAAAAGAGUGUUACUCCGCUAGCCCGUCCAGUUUAACAAAAAUCAGGCGCAAGCUUUAGAUCUUACCGAUCUAGCAACUUGCCUCUCGGAAACAAGAUUUCACUCUGCACACCAUGAUGAUCAUAUAUGAACUGUCCCUGUAUCUUAGCCUUACGAUUCCCUCCUUCCUUACCUUGUGCCUAACCCACGUGGCAAGUAGCUGCAGUGCCCAUAAAGAUCUGGCCUUUUGCUUUGCUUUUAUAUUGUUGAGUCCUUGUCGUACAAUGAUUCAUCGCAUACUACUGGCCACCGUGGUACUUACCGGUUAAUGCUUUGUUCUGCCUUAGACCCUUCUAUACUACUUCCUGUCCAACGCAACUGUACGAAUAGUGCAUUUACUGCUUUUGAACACUUUGUCCCCUACAAACCCUCUGAAGAUCAGUAGUGUGUCCCCUCUGAACAAUCUACCCACCCCUGUUCCUCCUCUCAUUGCAGUGUUGCGCCGUCACCUUCAUCACAGAUCUCACACACGCCUCUUUGGGUAUGAGCAAAGAGGACUUCGAUACUCAGAUGCGUGACGGUGUUUCUGUAACCCUCUGUCCCGUGGAGAUUCCCGGAGCACUCUUUGAAAACGAGAGCCGUUACCGGAGAAUUGGUGAAAAGUGAGUCUUGCUUUGACUCAGCUUCGUAUUUCUUGAAACAUUAGUAGAUCAUCUCUCUCAAGUCCAACUAGCUAUUCCUUCUGCAAAUUCGCUUAAGUACGGGCAUCUCUCUGGACAAUUUGGUGAAAGCUUGAAGCUCACCAGUACGCUUGCAUAAGUAGAUCGUUACCUCUAUCUGCACUGCCGAAUUACACUUCCAAAUAACCUUUAUUACAUUCCCUACACUACUAAGAGUGUACUUCGACAGAACAGAGACCAGAAUCUCCAUUUGUGGUUGUGCUUAGACCCUACACCGGGCUCACUGGAUUUGCGCUGUGUUGGUUGAGGUCAAGAUACUCACCUCUAUGGGGUAGUUAUUAAAUCUGCCCCUAUUUCCGGGCGGAAGGGUUUCGUGGCAUAGAUAACGGGCACGCUGUCCUGUGAUCGGAAACUCGCCGCCUGCCGCCGUCUAAUUCCAGUUCAAACGCCCGCUCUUCCAAGCCUGGGCAACCGUCCACGGGUUUCCGAGGUUUGCUCACCACAAACCGCAAUUUGCCCAUCAUUUCCUGUUCUGUAUUCAAGAUAAACUGACACAACGUGCAUGAAGCAGACUCCAGCUAAUCGGUCCGCAUUGAACUAACAGGUUUCGUACCCAUCAAGCCACUGACUGAAUUAUCUGGACUCCGAAUGGAGUAAGGAUUUCCUCUACAGUCGCGUCCGUUCUUUCUCGUCUCCGUUUUUUUAGGCUGUUCUCCAGAGUACCCUGGGUAGUGCUUAUUCCGCCGCAGCUUGUCCUGCUGUCGUAUGAUGCAGUAGCUGGCCUGUAUCAGGGAAAUUCUGAAAUGUGUUUUCCAUUAGAAGGGAUUACUUAGAUGGGGCUGUGAUAUUGAUUGUCGCAAUGCAUAAUUCUAGGAUGCUUCAGUCAGGCCAGGAUGCCGGCUUUUUACUGGCCUUCUUGCCGACCGCCCGUCAAUGGCUAUUUAAGUGGUAUGGAUUUUCCCCAUUGAUUUUGAAUGCCCUUAUAAAUCCCAAUAUAUUUUAUAGAAAAUUGGCAUAAGAAUGUUAUUUCUUGUACUCAUUUGUUGGCAAAUUACGUCUUCAAAUUUUAUAUUCGAAGAAGGGGUAUCAUUCGGUCUUAAAAAAUUCAAUUCCCAGAUAAUUUUAAACCAGACCCGCAAUUGCAUAUGCGCCUAGGGAUUCCGAACAACAUGCUGUAAGCUCUCCGGGGGAGAAAACCCCUAUGUUAAAAGCGGUCAUAUAGGGACCAUAAAAUUUCCCAAUGGAUAUAGACCAUAUUGUGUACUUAAUAAGCAGCAUUAGUAAACGAUGAUGAUGAGCAUUUCAUGAUUACAAACUGUUAAAGCCGAUAAAUAUCCUUUGUUCGAGCAUAAAACUUGAAGAAAACGUAAUUUUCUAUCAGUCAGGCACGAGAAAUAAUAUUUUAUGUUUUUUAUGAGAUAUACUUGAUUUUAUAAGGACAUCCAAAUCAAUUUGAAAAAAAUCAUACUACUUGAGUAGUCAUUUUACCGAGCAAGGUUUCUGCAGUCGGCUGGAAAAAGCACGCCAACAAGCCGACGUUCUGGCGCGUUUGAAAUAUCUUAGGAUUAUACUUCGCACAAAUCAGUAUUACAACCUCGUCAGAGUAACCCUUUCCAAUCGACAGCACAUUUCAGAAUUUCGCGUAACAUUACAUGAGAUAAGUCGGCUAUGGUAUGUUUGAUUGUAAACUUUGGCACACCGGUCUUAUCCGCCAGCUGACAGUAACGAAUGUUGGGCUGUUUAAUUUCUUAUUUGGUUCAGUAGUGGGAUUUUACCUGCCACCGUCAGGUAUAUUCUUGUAACCGUGGAGCAGUUUGCGAAAGUGCGUUGCCAGGCCGGCCGAUGUUUAGUAGAGUCAGUCAGCAGCCACAAACUGAGCGCCGGAUGGCAAAACGCUACUCACUCCCUUUCCCCCCCCCCGACACGCUUUUUAACCCCUGUUCCACGAUAGUCCAUUGCCACCAUCCGAAACUCCACCUGGCGGCCGCACUGAGGGAGACAAAAAGGAGGUCAACGCAGAACUGGGCUUCACACGCUCCUUCAAGUAUUCCUGGCUGAUCUUCGACAUCGUCAGAGCCGGUGAUAUUGGGCACAAUUGAAGGAGUGCGGAGUUACUGCCUACGUUUCGUCAUUUGUUCGAAAACAUCUCACGGACGUUCCUAUGCAAGGCUCACAAUUCCUAUUUUGAGAUUGCCCAAGGCCGGCCAUCGACCCUUUGUUCAGAAUCUCUUCCUUCAGUGGAAUAUGUCGGUAUAUGUUAGGAAAACUAGUCUCCUAAAUGCUUGAACCAAGAAGAAAAGUCGUAAUUGUAUAUGAUUCGUAUGCAACUGUGUGUUUAGUACAUAUUUCGAACAUCCAGAGGUUAUACUUAGUUUGCAAACGAAAGCCUUCGUAGGUCUUUUUCGACUUUUGUCCUGGUGCACAUCGUUUUUUGCGCUUCCUACCUUCCCCCCCCCCUCUCUCACACCCAGAUAGCUGCUCGGGUGAGUGGACGAUGCCGGAUGGGGUCAGGCGAAAGUUCUACCCAACUGGUGAAAUCUUGUGGUCUGCCUGAAGGGGUCAUCCGAGUCGUGGAACACGCAGACGGAGUUUUUAUUGUUGCCUCGAAUAACGCGAAUGUUGGUAUAGACGUCAUCGAGUUCACGCUGUGAGUCCAUGACGUUCACGAAGAUUCGCGACCGCCCCGUCCGGUCUCUUGAUAGGGCCCUAGUACCUAUGGUGACGACAAGUCAAAUCCUAUUGGAUGGCGGCAAACAUUUGCCGUUCGAUUUCCGGCGGCGGCCGUGGCAUGGUCCACGAUUGGUUAUUCGUUAGGUCCUGGAGUCAACUUAUUUUGCGACAAGGAGUUAUUAAAGGCCCUUCUAUCCGCCACCCCUGGACUCGCCGGACGGCCCUUUUGUCUUCUCUGACGCAGACCGGGUCCUAUUACGGGGUAUCCGUGAUCAUAUCUCUUCUUCGGUCGUUUUGCUACAGUCCCUUGUAGCACGUCAGGAAGAGGGGAUUAAGUCGGUGUUGUCCAAAUAUCACCAAAAAUAUCUGGAUUCACCGCAAGUCUUGGCUGCUUCCCCGCGGUACUGACAGUUAUAGUCAUGUGUGACGGAUAGACUGUUAUGCUCGUUCCACUCCUCCCGCCCCACCAUGCAUCUCAUUGUCCCCUACCUUGUAGGAUGGAAGAUUUGGAAACCCAAUUAUUCAACGGCGAGAGGGAUCUUCAGUCUGCCCACGAAGACCUCAUGAAUAGGAUAUCUGAACUGCGGACGACGUAUCCGGUGAAGCGGACCGUCUUUCUCGAUCCGCGGGAAUUGGAGUCGCCGCAUGUCCUCUGCCUCGGGCCACCCGAAAAGCCCGAGGCCGGCACCGCUGCUGCCGCCGCUGCAACCGCCGACACCCCUUCAACAGGGCCGGUCCCUCCUCCCCCUCCGCAGCAGAGUCUCCUCGACGUACUACCCAACGAGGACGUACAGACACCUUGUCUGUUGCCCUCAACGAUUGACUAA